GUCCCUCAGACACAGCGGAUCACCGUUCACGGAAAGAGCCGAAGAUGUCGGCUCGAUCAUUUGAUCAGCUGUGUCCAAUCACAGCUGAUCACAUGGGACAUGUACACUGAUCAUCAGGGCACUGAUGAUCAGUGUGCCCUGAUGAUCAGUGUAGCCCCAGCAGUGCCACCUGUCAGUGCCUUGUCAGUGCCACAUAUCAGUGCCUACCAGUGCACAUCAAUGCCACAUAUCAGUGCCCACCUGAGCUGCCUUUCAGUACCACCCAUCAAUGCCAAUCAGUGCCAUGUAUCAGUGCUGCCUUUCAGUGCCUGUCAGUGAUGCCUGUCAAUGCCCAUCAGUGCCACUUACCAGUGCCUCCUCAUCAGUGCCCAUCACUGCCAC